AAAACUUAAACCAAUUAACUCCCAUUACCCAUCCAAGUUUCAGAAUGGCAGCUGCAACCAUGGCUCUCUCUUCCCCAUCCUUCGCCGGAAAGGCUGUCAACCUCUCCCCUUCCACCCCUGAAAUCCAGGGCAGCGGCCGUGUUUCUAUGAGGAAAACCGCCACCAAGUCCAAGCCUGCUGCUGCCUCCAGUAGCCCAUGGUACGGUCCGGACAGAGUUUUGUACUUGGGUCCACUCUCUGGUGAGCCUCCAUCUUACUUGACCGGAGAAUUCCCUGGUGACUACGGUUGGGACACCGCCGGUCUCUCCGCUGACCCAGAGACCUUUGCCAAGAACCGUGAGCUGGAAGUCAUCCACUGCAGGUGGGCUAUGUUGGGAGCUCUGGGGUGUGUUUUCCCCGAGCUUCUAGCAAGGAACGGAGUCAAGUUCGGUGAGGCCGUGUGGUUCAAGGCCGGAUCUCAGAUCUUCAGCGAAGGUGGACUUGACUACUUAGGUAACCCUAGCUUGGUCCACGCUCAAAGCAUCUUGGCCAUCUGGGCAUGCCAAGUUAUCUUGAUGGGAGCCGUCGAGGGUUACCGUAUUGCGGGUGGACCUUUGGGUGAGGUAACUGACCCAUUGUAUCCAGGCGGCAGCUUCGACCCGUUGGGUCUGGCUGAUGACCCAGAGGCUUUCGCUGAGCUCAAGGUGAAGGAGAUCAAGAACGGCAGAUUGGCUAUGUUCUCAAUGUUCGGAUUCUUCGUCCAAGCCAUCGUCACCGGAAAGGGACCAUUGGAGAACUUGGCUGACCACCUUGUUGACCCUGUUAACAACAAUGCCUGGGCCUACGCCACCAACUUUGUCCCCGGAAAGUGAGCUUUUAGAGAAUGGGAGUGCUUUGUGUUUCAAGUUUUCUUUGUUGAUGCCAUCUAAAUUUGUUGCAUAUCAAGGGGACGUGAAUUUUGUGUGCCCAACUGCUAUUUUUCUCCUGAUUUUAUUAUAAAAUUAUGCUUCCAUUUAAUGUU